GGCUCGCUCUCUUCUCAUUCGGCUCGAUGGCUGCGCGCGGGGUAUCAGCUGCAGAGCUGCGGGGCAGGUGCUGGGUUCGCAGGGGCAGAAAAGUCUAUGAUGUGUCGGAGUUUGUGAAACUGCACCCCGGGGGGGAGAAUCUGCUGCUGGACCGGACUGGGAGCGAUAUCCAAGCGGACUUAGAGGGACCCCCACACCGGCACUCGGGGAAUGCCCUGCGCUGGCUGGAGCAGUAUUAUGUGGGGCAACUGGAGGAGGAUGCCCCACAGGAGCAACCACGGAGGGGCGCAGAGAACCAGCACGUGAGAGCGAGGGCAAAUCAGUACAGUCCUGCCGCAAGCCAUGCGAGCUGGGAGUCCGAAAUGCAGUUCAAAACGCUGAACCCAAAGGAGGACCUGGUGGACUGGGAAAGGCCGCUGCUCUGGCAGGUGGGCCACUUACGGGAGAAGUAUGACGAGUGGGUCCAUCAGCCGGUGAACCGACCCAUCCGGCUCUUCCAUUCAGACUUCGUAGAGUGGUGUUCGAAAACCUCCUGGUACAUCGUGCUGGCAGUGUGGGUCCCAGCGGUUGCGUACUUGGUCUGGUACUGUCUCACCGAGCUGGCCCGAGGAGAAACAAGACUCUUCUCUUCAUUCACAACAGAUUAUUCCAUUCACGUCCCAAUCGUAUGCUUCUUCCCUCUCUUCCUGACCGGGGUAAUGGUUUGGACGCUCAUGGAAUAUGCCAUUCACAGAUACGUCUUCCACAUGAAUCCUCCGGCCAGCAACUACUUUCUCAUCACCCUGCACUUCAUGCUACACGGACAGCACCACAAAGCUCCCUUUGACAGCUCUCGGCUUGUCUUCCCCCCGGUCCCAGCGUCGUUCGUGAUUGUACCGCUUUACAUCAUCCUGCAACGAGUGCUUCCCCCGCCGGUGGGGCUCUCUAUCUUUGUGGGUGGACUAUUCGGAUACGUGGUGUACGACAUGACGCACUACUAUCUGCACUAUGGUUCUCCUGCCAAAGGAUCCUACCUGGCCUGGCUAAAGUCCUACCACGUCCGCCAUCAUUUUGAGCACCAAAAGUUAGGAUUUGGCAUUACCAGCACGCUAUGGGACCGGCCCUUUAACACUCUCAUCCCUGAAGAUUCGGUUAAGGAUCAAUAGUCUCUGCUCUACAGAAUCUCCAACUUGUCUCGGAACUCUGCUGACUACAUUCAUACUGGGGGAGGAAAGAACUGUUCUCGUUCAGUUUGUUUGCUUUAAUGCGAUUUCAGUGUUUUAUUCCAUUGAUCCCGCGUGGUAUGGAGGCACAGAAAAAAAAAAAUAUAAUUAUUUAUUUAAAAAUAAAAGGAAAUUGGAGUGCGUUUCGGGAGUUCCACAUCCUUCUCCCAGCUGCCUGUGGAGCCGCGCUGCUAUCGGCCAUGGAUACAUUUUUCUAGAAUCUCAUCAUCUCACAAAGCUCCGUGACGUUAACGAUUACCUUUGCUACUCCCACCCUGUGAAAAGGCCUACAGUAAAAUCCAGAAUGUGUAUAAAUACCUGAAAAUAAACUAACUUUUUUUUUUAAA